GCUCUUAAUGAGGGGGAAGAAGAAGAGGCGUUAUCCAUAUGCCAAUCAGAAAACGGACAGCAUGAAUCUCUGAAUUUCAAAUCCAGUAUCAAUUGUGACAGGCUACUUCGUAUAUUGAGAGAAGAAAAUUCCUCAGCAAAUUCUGAGUUGUGGGCUGAAAGGGAUUUGAGAAAAACUACUGUAUCACAGGAAAUACCUUUGACUCCAACAAUUGCGUCUUCAUCAUUGGAACAUUCAGCCCUCAAUGCUUCCAGUUUAGUCAAGAGAAUCCAUUCAAGACAUCAGAAUCAAGAUGAAGAAGAGACUGUAGACUCUGCUUCUACUGUGAGACAAGUGCUGAACCCAAACUCAAGAAGAGAAAAGCAAAUUCCAACAAAAAUGAAAAGGAAACAAACUGCACAGGACUCUACAAGGCAGAGGGGAGAUGAUUCUCCUGCAUUUUCAAUCCCCAUGGACCUUCAGAGGGACAGUAAAUCCAGCCUAGAUGUUCUCAGCUGCAUGAUACACGAAGUGGAGCAUGAAUUAGAAGAAUAUGAGCGAUGUACAGGCCGUGAGGUUAAAAAACUGCAGAAAAGUGAAGGCCUCACCGGAUUUACCUUGUCACUGGUGAAUGCUCUCUGUCGUUUGAUGCGCUACCUCAAAGAGGUGAGAAGACUCAGUUCCUUCCGUAGAAUGAAUGUAAAGGAUAUAAAAUUACUGUAGAAUUAUCAACUUUGGUCUUCCCUGGCUCCUAGUUACUUUACUUUGAAGUCUAGUUAUUAUUACUUAUUGGAAUUGUAUGCAAUUAGCAGGUAAAGCUCAGCUUGUUGGAAACAGGGAGCCCUAAUGAAAAGAAAGGAGAUGACUACAAUGAAAGUUUCCUGGUGACUCUUCACAAAAAAAUAUUAAUGAAAAUAUUUUUAAAUUUACUUUUUUAUGUACGUUCAGAAUUGUAGCAGGAUAAUAACUACAGCUUUGUAGGCAAAUUUAUUUUCUUCUUUCCCUCUCAAAAUGAUAAGAUAGAGGCUACAAAAGUGUACCCAAAUCCUAUUUUUUUUCAUUGAGGGAUUCCUUGGGUUUCUUCUUCCACUUAUACCAGCAACUUCAUCUUAAGCAAGAAAAAUGUGUAGUGCUGACAACAGCAAUGCAGAGCUGCAGAUGAAUGCAAAUCCCACGAAGACAA